AUGCGAGGGCUGGAUCGCAAAGUAAGUUUGAACCGAGGACGCAUCGAAGUCAGUGGCAAGGCAAGGGAGAAGACCAGUACUUUUGCCGACGACAACGCCCAGAACCUUUCCAUUCUUUCGAAAGUGAGCAGCCUAUCGCUGUUUGAGAUUAUCCCAGCCGGACCAAUAGCAUUGCUCUGUAUACUGUUCAGGCAGGAAGCAUCUGACGGUUUUGCCAUGCUAUUCACAGUCCAAAGUUUACUCUAUAACUGGGUAUAUCGGCUCCACUGGCCAAUACGGCCACUCAAAAUUGUGACUGUCUUUGGCUCAGACUGUAAAAGGCGAGCAACUGACCCAGCAGAGACAUGUAUUGCAGCCUUUCACUCUAAUUGGUAG